UUAUUCCUACAAAUUGUCAUAUAACAUUUGUCCCCUUUUGCUUAAUAUAAUGGUUAAUAAUUAUGUAUUAAUUAAUUUUGUCUAUCUUUAUUACAGAUAAUGUAAUUGUAUAUAUCUGCUGUCGCCAUUGUCUCUAUCGUAGAAGUUGGAUCAGAUUCUUCCUCACAGUGAGAACAGUAUUCUCUCCCUCUCUUCCUUAACAGCCAUGACUCGGCCCUCGAGAAUCCUGGAGACGGCGGCGCCGGCGCCGGAGCAAGAGUCCAUGGCGGCGGAGUCCGACAUGGUCGUCAUCCUCUCGGCUCUCCUCUGUGCCCUAAUCUGCGUCGUCGGCCUCGUCGCGGUGGCUCGCUGCUCCUGGAUCCACCGAUUCACCGGCGAUUCUCCUCCUCCGCCGCCGCCGAGGAAAGGCCUGAAGAAGAAAGCUCUCGAGUCGAUCCCGAGACUCGCCUUCUCCGCCGAGUCGCACUCGGUCACCGACUGCUCGAUCUGCCUGGCGGACUUCGCCGACGGCGAGGAAAUUAGGGUUUUGCCUAUCUGCGGCCACGCCUUCCACGUGGCGUGCAUCGACAGGUGGCUCUCUUCGAGGUCGUCGUGCCCGUCGUGUCGCCGGAUUCUAGUGCCGGUGAGGUGCGAUCGGUGCGGCCACGUCCCGGUGGCUGAUGGCGAGAUCAAAGCGGCGCACGAUCACCACCAGCAUCCGCCUCCGCCGCCGCAGCUCACCACCGUGAUCCCCCCGUUUCUUCCUUGACGAUUUUUAUUGGGUAAUUCUUUACGAAGUAUUUGUAUAGAGAGAAUUUCAUCAGAUUAGAGAAAUCUAUUUUAUGUCUUUGUGUAGUCCAUUUUGGUAUUUCUUUUCU